AUGGCUUCUGCAGCAGCAGAGGCAGAGAAGGGGUCUCCAGUUGCUGUGGGACUGCUCGUGGUGGGCAACAUCAUUAUUCUGCUGUCAGGCCUGGCUCUGUUUGCUGAGACGGUAUGGGUGACAGCUGACCAGUACCGCGUGUACCCACUGAUGGGCGUCUCAGGCAAGGAUGACGUCUUCGCUGGCGCCUGGAUUGCCAUCUUCUGCGGCUUCUCCUUCUUCGUGGUGGCCAGCUUUGGGGUGGGCGCAGCGCUCUGCCGCCGCCGGUCCAUGAUCCUCACGUACCUGGUGCUCAUGCUCAUUGUCUACAUCUUUGAGUGCGCCUCCUGCAUCACGUCCUACACUCACCGCGACUAUAUGGUGUCCAACCCAUCCCUGAUUACCAAGCAGAUGCUGACCUUCUACAGUGCGGACACGGACCAAGGCCGGGAACUGACUCGCCUCUGGGACCGCAUCAUGAUUGAGCAAGAGUGCUGUGGCACAUCAGGUCCCAUGGAUUGGGUGAACUUCACAUCAGCCUUCUGGACAGCCACCCCGGAGGUGGUGUUCCCCUGGCCCCCAUUGUGCUGUCGGCGGACCGGCAACUUCAUCCCCCUCAAUGAAGAAGGCUGCCGCCUGGGCCACACGGACUACCUGUUCACCAAGGGCUGCUUCGAGCACAUCGGCCAUGCCAUCGACAGCUACACAUGGGGCAUCUCGUGGUUUGGGUUCGCCAUCCUGAUGUGGACGCUGCCUGUGAUGCUGAUAGCCAUGUACUUCUACACCACGUUGUGAGAAACCAGAAGGCCCCGUGCACACCUCGGCCUCUUCCUUCUCCCGUUCCUGCUUCCUCCGGCUGAGGCCUGGAUGGCUGCCUCACCUCUCUCCUUCCCGCCUCCCUCAAGCUUCCCUCCUUCCUCAUCAAGCACCUUUUACCAGGUUUCUGAGCCUUGCUGGGACUUGGGGGUGCCCUGAAACCCUUGGACAUGUGUGCACGGACCCUUAGCCCUUUGCUGAUUUCUGGCCCACCUUUCAGUGUCAACUUCAAGUCCUGUCCUCGGGGGACCCUCCCGGGAUCCCACCCACCCCCUCACCAACGCCUCUCUGAUAGCUCCCCGAGCUCCUCCUCCACGGUAGAUGUUGCCGUUAUUGCUAAAUAGUUUCAGGUUGUUUAUUCUCUGGUAGACUAGGGUUGUCAUUAGGGGAGGACCAAGCUCUCUCAUGGUCACUGAUGGCCCCCAGCAUCACCCAACAGAGGGCUGAGCAUGGAUAUUCAAUAAAUGCCGGUUGAAUGAAUUAAUUUGUUUUAUUCCGGGGUAAAGGCAA